UGAAAACCAGCUGUCACGGUGACCCAAUCAGUUAUUUGACCAAUUUCCCCAAACCCGCCCCGGCUCCGUUCUUUCAGGAAGAGAGAAGGCGCGGCGGCUCCGUUCCAGCAUGAACGCCGACGACCACCGUGGGGCCUUACGGACGCCGAUCUUAGCGGACGAUGAGGCAUCUGGUUCAAAUCGGGUCCUUGAAGCUCAAGAGGCGCGCAAGGCCGGUCACAGCUCUAACAAGGCGCUGAAACUCAUCCUGGCCCUGCAGUUCCUGGAGGUCACUGCAUUCUACGGGAUCUACCUGAGCUUGAUCGUGUAUCUUCAGGAGGUUUUCCAUGGCCACAGCGCUUCCAACGUGGCGUGCGUGAAUUAUUGGGUGGGAGUGAGCUACCACAUGCCCGUGUUGGGCGCCGCCAUCGCCGACUCCUUCUGGGGAAAAUACAAGACGGUGAUGAUCGGCCUCUCGGUUUCUGUCGUCGGAAUGGCCAUGGUCACCGCAUCAGCGGCCCUGCCGUCUCUGAGCCCUCCACCGUGCGUGCAGAACGCGAUCUGCGCACCGGCCACUCUCAGCCAGAAGCUGGUCUUCUUUUCUGGGUUAUACCUGUGCGGCGUGGGGAUCGGCGCGUCCAAGGCGGUAGUCAUCUCGUUCGCGGCGGAGCAGUACGACGACGAGGACGACGGCGCCGGCAAGAAGGGGCCGGGACGGGGCGCCAAGGCGUCCUACUUCAGCUGGUACUACGCGGUGGCGAACAUGGGCAUGAUGACUGCGGGGACACUGCUGGUCUGGGUCGAGGCCAAGGUGAACUGGGGGCUCGGCUACGGCAUCUGCACGUCGUUCGUCGCGGUCGCCGUCGUCAUCCUCGCCGCGACGGCGCCCAUGUACCGGAUCUCGCCUCCCGCUGGCAGCCCGUGGAAAGGCGUGUUCCAAGUGCUCUACGCGUUCUCUCGCAAGGUAAAACUGAAAGUGCCUGAUGAUGCCACCGCACUGUACGAGGGGGAGGAGGAUGCCAAGGAUCCGUUGGUGCGUCCUCUACACGAACGACUGCAGCACAGCGACCAGUUCAGGUUCUUGGACAAGGCUGCCAUUAUCACGGACGAGGAUCUGAAUGAGGACGGAGACCGGCCAUGGAGGCUGUGCCCGAUGACGCAGGUCGAGGAGCUCAAGACCUUGCUGAAGCUGAUCCCGAUAUGGCUCACCUCAGCCGUCUACUUCGUCGCCAACACGCAGGCGCAGACCACGUUCGUGCAGCAGGGCACCAGGACGGACACCCGGAUACCGGCCCCGUCGCUGACAGCAGUCGAGACGGCGCUCGUCGCCGCCUGCGUCGCUCUCUACAACAGGACCUCGCGCCGCCUCACGCCGCUGCGGCUAAUGGGGCUGGGGCACGCCACGGCGGCCGUCGCGGUGGGCGUGGCCGCGUGGGCCGAGUCGCGCAGGCUGCGGAUGGCCGGGGAUCAUGAGCGUAUGGGCAUAGCGUGGCUGCUGCCGCAGUACGUGGUGAUGGCGAUCUCGGACGCGUCGCUCUCGGUAGGGCAGCUGGAGUUCUUCUACGACCAGUCGCCGGAGACGAUGAAAGGCGCGUCCACGGCGUUCUACUUCGUGUCGGUCUCGAUCGGUAAUCUGAUCAACUCGCAGCUGGUGACGCUGAUCGCGUCCGUCACCGCGGCGGGAGGCAGGACGGGCUGGUUUCCACCGGAAAUGGAUGAUGGGCAUCUGGAUUACUACUUCGUCCUCGUUGUCGUCGUUACAGUUGUGAAUUUUGCUGUUUUUGUUGCACUUGCCAAGAACUACACGCCCAAAAGGGUUAGAUAAUUGGUUGAUUCA